CAUACCUUGAUGCCACAACUUCGGCUGGAUGAACAGCGCUUUUACGUAUAUUUUAGAAUGACUCCACAGUGUUUCGAUGAAAUAUUGAACUUGGUGAAAGAUGAAAUACGAAAAUCUGACACAAAUUAUCGUGAAGCUAUUUCCCCAGAAGAACGACUUGCUAUUACACUCAGAUUCCUUGCCACUGGUGACACCUUCUAUACCAUUGGGCAUAGCUUUCGACUUGGCUUUACAACAGUGAGUGCAAUCGUAACCGAAGUCUGUGAAGCGAUAUGCAGACAUAUGGAGCAUAUAUAUGUAUUUACCAGAACCAACAGAGAAUAUAUGGAAAAAAUGUGCUGAAGAAUUUGAAAAUAGAUGGAGAUUUCCCAAUUGCAUUGGCAGCGUGGACGGUAAACAUGUAACAAUCAAGAGACCUAACAACAG